UUAGAAAACACGACCAAAGAAACUUAGAUCAAUUCAAAGUGCAACAGGUUAUUAAAUAGUUACUUAUUUGAUCUGCAUCCAAAAGAAAGAAGAAAAAAAGUUGCUAAUUAUCAGAACAGAGACAGAGAGAAAUGAGUUUCUUGGCAAGAAGAACAGCAAGUGUUGAAGGUGCUUACUUUUACCAAGAAUCAAAGCUUGCUGUUAGUCGUCUUGUUGAAAAGAAUAAGAAGAACAACCCUAAUUUCGCUUCUCCUUUGAAUUCUUCAAUUUCAGUGGUUGAAAAUGAAACCCAAGCUGAUGUUCUUCCAGAGAUUCUCAAACAUUCUCUACCUUUAAAGAUUUCUGAACCAUUUUCAGAGUCUUCAACAACCUCUACUGCUUCGAAAUGGAAUCUUCCUCGUGAUGUCUCCAAAGUUCAUUCUCUCUCUACUGAAGCUAUUAACCCUUUUGGAUCAUAUAUUGCUCUACCUCAAGUUACUCUUGGACCCAAAAGGUGGCUAUUUCCAGAAGGGGAAAACUCGGUUUUUGCUUCUACAGCAAAUGAUCUGAGAACUGACAGAUAUAACAUAUAUGGUGAUGCUGAAAACUUGAAGGCCAUAUCAGCAGGGAUUUCACAAAUUGGAGCUUCAUUUGCUAUAGCUACCGUAGUUGUGUUUGGUGGUGCAGCUUUGGCAUUUGGAAUAACAGCCUCAAAGCUAGAUAUACAUAAUGGUGAAGAUAUCAAAACGAAAGGAAAAGACCUUCUCCAGCCAAAAUUUGAUGGUGUCAGAGAUCAACUGGUUCCUGUGCGAAUUUGGGCAGAGAAUAAGUCAAAGGGAUGGCGUACUGGAAUGGACAAGCAAGUUCAGGAAAAUCGUCUGGUUAAAGAGCUUUCAAAAAACUUGGGUCUGAAGGAAUCCAACUGAAAUUUGCAUCAGUUGGUUUAAAAACUUGUGUUGUUUUAAACUCCUAUGUUAAUAUUAGCUCGUCAGUAUUUCAAUUUUGUUAUCAUUGUAGAAUAGGUAGAAUCUGUGCCAUACCAUCAUCGUCAGUUUGAGUAUCAUGUAUCUAAUCACAACUCUCUCCCAGUUUGUCGUAUGAAUAUGAAUAUGAGCUCUGCCUUCUCUCC